AUGACUUCUCUAACGGAUUCAAAGUGUUGGGUAUCUUGUUGAAGAUGCAGCAAACACUUUAUUUCAUAUAAGUCUAACGAGUAAACCCACAAGGAUUUCAAGUUGAUUGGGCGGAAAGUAUGAAUCUUUGUGUUCAUAGUUCAUAUCUUGAAUCCGAUUCCAGACAUGCAAGAUCGGAUAUGGAUGAAAUCACAGAAGCACUUUUCUGUCUUGUCAUAUUGAGGUGCUUGAGGUUUUUCAGAAAUAUAUUUCUUACCAACUGAGGCUAUUACUUCUUGGAGUUAUCAAGUUGAGAAUACCAUUGGAAGUCUAAACAACAGGAAAUCUUCUGUUGCGUGAACUUUUCUUCUGUGGAGUUUUGAGAUAUGGGGAGAGGUAGGGGAAAGGGAAAGAGGUUAACUGUCACCAAUCAUGAUGAUCCUGGAAGCGGCGAGGAAGAGAAAAUACCCGCACAAAAGAGAAGAGGAAGACCAUUAAAGCCUUUAAAGGAUGAAAUUGAUGAAGAAGAAGUAGAAAAAGUAGAAUCAGAUGACAUUGAGAAUGCAAAAGCUGGUAUCACAAGCAAAGAAAUAAAAAUCCCCACUGCAGCAGAGAAUGGAAAGAAGAGGAAGCGGAACUCACAGGCCAAGGAGAAGUCAGAUUCAGUGAAGGAGGAAAACGGUAAUGGAACACGAUCAAGUACAGAUGACUCAACUAAAUCUAAUGGAUUUCGGCAUAAUGGGAGCAGGCGGAAAAAUAAACCCCGUCGAGCUGCUGAAGCUGGGGUUGAAUGCAAGUAAGGGCGUGGUUGCGCAUUGCGCUGGUUUCUGGUUUCUACAUUGCCAGAGCAAUCACGUGACAUGAAGCGAGACCUAGUAAAUCUCUAGUUUUGUCUUCUUUUUUCCUGGUUAAUUGUUCUUUCUUUGGUAAUUUCGUUCCUGAUUCGUUUUUGAUUUAUUUGUGAAAUUCGGAAUGCAUUCUGAUGGAUGUAGUUUUUCCAAGUGCUCUGAUAUUUUAAAUUUUGACUAUCUGAUUUCUUUGUCUUGUCUUGUAUAAUUUGCAGAACAUAUUUAAGCAGUUUCUGUCUCUCAGAUUGUCUUC